AUGCAGAUUUUCGUAAAAACUCUUACUGGGAAGACUAUAACGCUCGAAGUGGAACCUAGUGAUACAAUUGAGAAUGUAAAAGCCAAGAUUCAAGAUAAGGAGGGAAUCCCACCAGACCAACAAAGACUGAUUUUUGCCGGCAAGCAAUUGGAAGAUGGACGCACUCUUUCUGACUACAACAUCCAAAAGGAGUCCACCUUACACCUUGUUUUGCGUCUCCGUGGUGGAAUGCAAAUUUUUGUGAAGACCCUCACCGGUAAAACAAUUACUCUCGAGGUUGAGCCGAGUGACUCGAUAGAGAAUGUGAAAGCGAAGAUUCAGGACAAGGAGGGCAUCCCCCCAGAUCAACAACGACUCAUUUUCGCUGGCAAGCAGUUGGAAGACGGACGUACUCUAUCUGACUACAAUAUCCAGAAGGAAUCUACUCUACAUCUAGUGCUUCGACUUCGUGGUGGAAUGCAGAUCUUCGUCAAGACCCUAACUGGUAAAACUAUUACCCUUGAAGUUGAACCCAGUGAUUCAAUUGAAAAUGUAAAAGCGAAAAUUCAAGAUAAGGAAGGAAUUCCUCCAGAUCAGCAACGUCUUAUAUUCGCCGGUAAACAAUUAGAGGAUGGCCGCACUUUGUCUGAUUACAAUAUACAAAAAGAGUCUACGCUUCACUUGAAUGUGAAAGCGAAGAUUCAGGACAAGGAGGGCAUCCCCCCAGAUCAACAACGACUCAUUUUCGCUGGCAAGCAGCUGGAAGACGGACGUACUCUUAAUGACUACAAUAUCCAGAAGGAAUCAACUCUCCAUCUAGUGCUUCGUCUUCGUGGUGGUUUUUAG